UCUUGAUUCAUUGACCAUAGAAGCAAUAAUUUAUCAUUUACAUAUAUCUCCGCAAAAAAUUUGUGAUAAAUUGGAAUCCCUAUUGGAAUUUCAAGUGGUUAUGGUUUGAAAUCGUUACUGUUGAUGAAAUAAAAUGUAUCAAAAUACUUGCGGUGCUGCAGCCGCAAGUGCCGGAGGAUGUUUGGAAACGGAUAGAGAUUGUCAUAGCUUAAUUUCCAAAGAACCGCAAAUUCCUGUUGAGCACGAUUAUAGUGGAUUUGAUAUAGUGAAAGCUACACAGUAUGGAGCAUUUGGAAGGGUUCGAGAACUCAUUGAAGCUGGAUAUGAUGUUAAUAAGAGAGAUAACGAAAACGUUACUCUCUUACAUUGGGCCGCUAUCAAUAACCGCAAAGAAAUAAUGAUUUACUUUGUAAAGAAGGGAGCCGAAGUUGAUGCGGUAGGAGGAGAACUUAAUGCUACACCCCUUCACUGGGCUACACGACAAGGUCAUUUGGAAGCAGUUGUUCUUUUGAUGAAUGCAGGUGCAGAUCCUACACUGAGAGAUGCAGAAGGUUGCUCCUGCAUUCAUUUAUCCUCUCAAUUUGGCCACACGGCUCUUGUUGCAUACUUCAUAGCACGUGGAGUAAGUCCAGAUUUAGUUGAUAGAGGUGGAAUGACUCCGUUGAUGUGGUCUUGUUGGAAAAUUUGCAAUUUGGAUCCAACAAGGUUAUUACUGACUCUAGGAGCAAGCCCUAAUAUAACAGACCAUCAAGGAAAUACUGCUCUCCAUUGGGCCAUUUUAGCAAGAAAUACUUCAGCAAUUACUCAGCUUAUUAUCCAGGGAAAUGCCAACAUGAAUGCUUCCAAUCUUAGAGGGGAUACCCCCUUGAACAUGUUACAAUCACAAAUUGGAUCAGUUUGGGUUGGAUCCAAAGUAGCAGAAAAGAUAAGAGAACAAUUGAACACAAGUAGGUCCAGAACAUUUCUAUUCAAAAUUACCAAAGAUAAGCGACUGAAGUGGUGGUGUAUGGUAGGAACCCCGUUUUUAGCUUUCUACUUAGCUGGUGCCAUUUUGAGUACAAGUUUAAUAGUUUUAAUCAAGUUUUUCCUUUUGGUUUGCCUGUAUAUAGUAUUACACUAUGCUGGUCAAAUAUUGUAUGACGAUAGAUUGAUGGCUCUUUUGCCUGUUAACAUUUAUUUAGCCACUAAAAUAUGGAUGUAUUUUACAUGGUUCAUUUAUAUAAUGCCUUUUGCUAGUUUAAUCACAAACUUAGUGUUUUUGGUUAGUUCUGGACUACUAUGGUACUUCUUCCUAAAAUCAUGGCUUGGUAAUCCUGGAAUCAUAGAAACUUCUCAAAAAUUAAGGUUCCGAACAAUCAUUGAACUUGCUGAAAAAGGACCUAGUGGUUUCGAACCGUCAAACUUUUGUUCUGCAUGUCUUGUGCGCCGACCUUUGAGGUCCAAGCACUGCUCAGUUUGUAACCAUUGUGUAGCUAAAUUUGAUCACCAUUGCCCUUGGGUAGCUAAUUGUAUAGGUGUGAAUAAUCACAAAUAUUUCAUUGGUUUUCUUGCUACUCUGGUUAUUAUGUGUAUUCAGCUAAUACUUGGCUCAAUCAAAUUUUGGAAGAAUCAACCUGAAUGCAAUCUCACUCUUAUUUCCCCAAAUUUUUGGGAUACCAUGAGUGCAAUUGGACAGUGUGACACCUGGGUAGCUUGGGUGAGUGCCAAUGCUCUAUUCCAUUCCAUAUGGGUCUCCAUGCUGCUUGUUUGUCAACUAUACCAAAUAUCCUGCUUGGGAAUGACAACCAAUGAACGAAUGAAUAGGGGACGCUAUUCACAUUUCCAAUCAAAUAGUGGAAAAUCACCUUUCUCCAAAGGUGCUGUAAUGAAUUUGAUGGAAUUUUUUGAAUGUACAUGUUUAGGUUUCUUCAAACCAGAAGCCACAGAUUGGUUAGUUAGUUAUGAUUUGGAGAAAAAUAUUGAACAGCAACCGCUUAUAAGGCACAAAGAUAAUUAUCAAUAUGUAUAAAUGAGCAAGUAUUCAUGUGCACUUCAUACAGGAAUCGGUAGACAAUUUUUGAAAAAAGUGAGGUAAAAAGUGUCAUGUGCCAUUACAAUAUUUUCAUUUUAAAUAAUAUACUUUUGGUUAAUAUUACUAAUUCAAGAUCUUGCAUCUUUAUAUAAAAUAUUCUCUACACAGAAUUUUAUCUGUUCCAUAAAUUUUAUUGCCAUCAAAUUGUACACCAACAAAGAAAUUAUAUAUACUAAUAAGACCAGAGUUGAGAUGAAUCUUUAUCGCAGAAUAUUUCUAGACUUGUUUGAAGUGCACAUUACAGAAUGACUAAAUCAGAAAAAUCUUGUACUUCUAUAAUGUAAUGAGUUCGAAGCUGCCAAACUCAAAUCAAUUUAAAGUUAAGGCUUCUGCCAUUUAGUGCAUAUACUCGCAAUACAUAUACAAAGACUACUACAAAAUAAUUUUCUGUACUCUGAUUUAAUUCUGGCAGCUAACGGUUCUCUCUUCAACCCUAUAAGUUUUACACAUUCCAAAAUGUAUUUAAUCAAAUUAUGUGCUUUGUAUGUUAGAUAACACAAUAUAAAUGCACAUUUCCUGUAUAACGUUCAAUUAUAUGAAAAACUUUUUUGAUUAUAAUUCAGUUUUUUUUUUUCAACAUUCUGAUUUAUAAGGUGAUACAAAUAUCAAACUUUUUAAUUCGAUCAUCUUAUAUAUUUAGUAGUGUUUUUAUUUUGAAAAAACUUUUCACGUUUGUAUAUUAUCACAACCCUUAUCGCAAUAUCACAGUGAAAUUAUAGUUUUAUUGAAUUUCAAAAAAUUUGUAAUUAGAUUAUUUUUAUGUGUGUAAAUAUGUAUGUAUUUGAUAAUAAUGUAUGUGGUGAUUGUUCAUACUAUUUUAUGACUGAUUUCAAAAGCACAUUCAUGCUUAUAAAUGACAAAAAUUCAAAUACUUCAAAGUAUAAAUUAUUAGUAUCGUAGUUUUUCAAUUCCAUGUCUUAUAUCUUAUAUUAAUGAUGUACUAUAGUUUCAAUUCAAUAAUGAUUUUUAUCAUUUCCAUUGUAAUUUUAACUGAUCAUUUAUGAAAAUCCUACAAUUCAUAUCUAUAUUUUUCAUUUGGUGUGAGAAUGGCCAAAUAAUAAUAAGUAGAAAUGUUUGUAUAAAUAUUUUUAUGGCCAAUCAUAUCAUUAAUUUUAUAAGCCAGAACAAAAAAUUUUAACAGAACUUAUGAUUAUAUAAGCUUCCUAAGUCGAUGCAAUAAUUUCAUUUUGAUGUUAUAAUCAGAAGAUUUUACAUUUUUGCUGAACAAACAAUUCACAUAUGUAAGUAAGCCUUAUUGAAGUAAGCUUUGAAUGUUUAUUUGCAAAAAAUAAAACAAUUUUGGAUGUAAAUAAAUUUCAAUACAUUAUGAACAUAUAUUAAAAAAAUUGUGUUCAUAUUGGAUUAAAACGUACUGAAUUUUAAA